UACCUUGCCUAUCGAACAAGAUUAAAGCACGUGGUAACAUUUGGAAUGCUACAAAUUUGUUAAAACGUACAGUUUAUCAAUUGUUAAAUCAACGUACAUCUACUAAUGAUGUAUAUGUGUGUUAUUAAUACACAUGUUGCGUGUGAUUAAUAUUUUCUUGUCGUUUUUUAUAGGAAAUCAUAUUUUGAUACAUAUAACCUACAAAUAUGGUUCGAUUUAAAAACAGAUAUAUAGCAUUUGAAAUAACCUUUGGUGAUAAAUCUAAGAAGCCUGUGCAAUUAAAAGCUACAACUUUGCACAAUGCUAUUCAGCAGAAAGUGCAACGAUUGUACGGCGAUUUUGGAGUUGCAGCGACAAAAGCUGGAUUCAGUGCAAAAUAUUGCAAUAUACAUACAAAAAUUGCAAUAGUAAAAUGUAGACAUGGUCCCCACAAAUUUUUAUUAAAUGCCAUUCCAGUUAUUAACGACAUUGCAGGGCGCUUGGUAUCUGUGAAAAUACUUUACGUGGGUGCGACAAUGAAACAUUGUUUUCUUUUUAUCAAAAAAUUCCAACAACAAAAGCUUGAACAAGUAUGGAACACUCUUAAGACUGAAACUGAACGAAAAAAUAUGAAGGAUGCUUUAAUGACUCUAACGCCAGCUAUGAAAGAUUGUACAUAAAAUGUUUGUACUUUUGCAAAGUAUAUUUUAAUCUAAUAUAAAUAGAGGUUAUAUCAUAAAUUUGGUAAAUGAAUUUUUGGAAUUCCUUUUAUUC